AUCUCAAUUUUGAGCAGAUGGGAGUUAUGUGUGCCCUGGCCACCUGCUAACUGACAAGGAGUGCCAACCUUCCACUGGUCACCAUGAUGGGUUCUUGGCUACAGCUCACCUUCUUGAUGCCCUGCUGGAUGAAAACUUGAAGUUGGACAUGUUGACUCUAUGACUUUUGGUCUGCUCGCCAGGUCUUUUUUAAAAAGACAAUGCUUCGGUUUUACCGAGCCAGGGCCUUUCUCGGCAUGUUUUCCAGAAAGAUGGUCUACUCUUUGGCCCUGGGUCUUUCUUCAGUUCUGCUCCUGUGUAGUAUCUUCUCAGGUAAAGAGCUCUCUAUGGACUGGAUACUCCGGCCCGGAGACAGGAGCUGCAAUUUGGUCCGUAAGCCCUGCGGUUGUGACACUUGUGUUUCAGAAAGAGGAAAGUGUCCGUGGUUUGAUUCACACUUUGACAACAGAAUAUCACCGUUUCUCAGCCCUAUGACCAUCUUCACCUUGGACACCCUUGUAUGGUGGCUGAAUCUGCAAAACUCCAGAGAGAAUGAACUAAACCCAGUCCUCCAGAAGCUGUUCCAGGUCGUACCAAACACAGAGUGGACUUGGGCUCCUGAUCCAGCACGCUGCAGGAGAUGUGCUGUGGUCGGCAAUUCCGGACACCUUCUCCAUUCAAACCUGGGCCAGUUGAUCAGCUCUCAUGACUAUGUGUUCAGGAUGAACCGUGGCAAGACAAGAGGUUAUGAGGCUGAUGUUGGAAAUAAAACAACUCAUCAUAUCAUGUACCCAGAGAGUGCACAGGACCUGGACAAAGGUGUCCACUUGGUGCUGCUGCCAUUCAAAGUGCAGGACCUUCACUGGCUGGCAAGUGCCUUGUCCACUGGGGAGAUCAAGAGGACAUACACCAGGGUGAAAACGAAGAUCCAGACUGAUAGAGACAAGAUUGUGGUCAUAAAUCCGUCCUUCUUCCAUUAUGUGUAUCGCAACUGGACCAACAGUCAAGGAAAGUACCCCUCUACAGGACUGCUGGCCAUAAUGUUGGCUGUGCACAUGUGUGAUCAGGUUUCUGUGUUUGGCUAUGGAGCGGACAAAUUGGGAAACUGGCACCACUACUGGGAGAACAACACAUUUGGGGGUGCUUUUCGUAAGACAGGAGUUCACAACGCUGACAAUGAGAUGGAGAUCAUUCAGAAACUUCAUGACAUCAAAAAGGUUACGUUUUACAAGGAACAGCCAAAGAAAGUGGAACGCAGCGUUAGGCAUUAUGCCUGAUCGGGUGCGAAUCAGACUGGAGAGAGUAAGCCCAUCAUCAUGGAGCACGGCAAAUCAGAGUGUAGUCUGUAAAGUGAUUGGCUUUGGGCUGACGUGACAGUUAGAGUAUGACCUCCAGUAUGAUCAAUCCUAUCCAUAACGCUACACACAUGGACAGGCCUGUGGUCCCCGCCAUAACCACUGUGCCUGGUCUGAAACGUAUAAACAAAAACUCAGGCCUGGCUGGCUUACUAUGGAAGGAGGAGGUAAGGUACACACCACUGCGGGAAUACUACACUGGAAUCCAAGAGGCUGCUGAACCACGGAUUGUACGGAUUUCAUAAUGGAGAGCUUCAAGAAAGUCGAAGGGAACGGUCACUGGGGCUCUCAAUAUGGCCGACAGUACACCACAAACUGCCAGUGUCUAACAUGGAAGACUUGCUGGCUACAGCCACCACAGGUCCACUCUCUAAUCACCUCAAAGCAAUGGUGUACCUUUUAGGGUCAACCAGACAGACGGAAGACGGCUCAUGGAGUCAUUUACAGCCCAAGUAUUUUAAUUGGUUAUCUUUCUUCAGGAAAGAUCAUUAGAGAGGCGUGCUGGUCACGCCAGGAGUGCAGAUUCAACCAAACUGGUCUUAAGAUGGACUGGUGCGUUCCCGAUGGAUCUGGAGACCCCUUUUCUGCCUUCACUUUUCUUAAGCACCCGCUGUGCAAUUCAGAAAAUCUCUGUAUUAAUAAAUCGGAUUUCUAGGAGGGCCACUUUGUUGUCUUC